CUUAUUCACCCCUCUGCAGGUAUCAUGUUAAUGAUCCUAGAGACAGAGUUAUCGGCUGCUGGCCUUAUCAGCCGGAAGGACGUCACCUCAAUCCUCAUCAAGAUGUGCAUCACUGUGUCCACCGUGGCCCUCCUGACCUUCAUCUGCAUCUACCACAAGCUCGGAAUCCAACUCUUCACCGUCAACAACAGCAUGGACGACUGGCGCCUCGCCAUGAGUCCGCGCCGCAUCAUCUCCGCGGUGGCCGAGCUGGUCAUCUGCGUGGUCCACCCAAUCCCGGGGGAGUUCUACAUCACCUGGGCAACCACCGAAUCCGACGGGAACGUCUCGGAAACGGCCAAAGUUCCACUCGACGUUGUGCUUUCCCUCCCCAUGUUUUUAAGACUGUAUCUUGUCUGCCGCUUCAUCAUGCUCCACAGCCGGCUGUACCAAGACGCGUCCUGCCAGAGUCUCGGCGCGCUCAAUCGCAUCCACUUUAACUUCCGGUUUAUCUUCAAAUCUUUCAUGGCCCUGUACCCGGACUAUUUUCUGUGCGUUUUCAUGAUUUCCCUUUUCAUAAUCACCAGCUGGACGCUACGCCUGUGCGAGAUGUACAACGAUGCUUUGCACGCGCGCGUCCACGGUAACUUCUUCAACUCCAUGUGGCUAAUCGCCAUCACCUUUCUGACGGUGGGGUACGGAGAUAUAGUGCCGCUCUCCUACUGCGGAAGGGGGAUAGCCGUUCUCACCGGAAUCAUGGGAACUGGCUGCACGGCGUUGGUCGUUGCGGUCCUCGCUCGAAAGCUGGAGCUCUCGCAGGCUGAAAAAUACGUCCACGACUUUGUCAUAGAGAUCGAACUCGGGAACAAGCUGAAAGUCGAGGCGGCCAACAUCGUCAAGUGCGGCUGGAAGCUCUACAAACUUCACAGGAUCUCCGACAAAACGAAGCAGCAGGAAAAGUUGGUGCUCCACCUGCAGACCAAGCUGCUACACGCCAUCUACAACAUACGUGAACUGAAGAACAGACGUCGACGGCUCACUGACAAUGCGGUGACCCUGGUGGAGGUGAACAAGUCACAGUACGAAGUGUCCAGGGCUAUUAAUUCGGUCAAGUUGAGACAAAUUUCGCUGGAGGAGAAAAUAGUGUCAAUGGAAUCCACAGUAAAUUUGAUCUAUGAGAAACUGUGUUCGUUGAAUCAGGAACAGCCCAAGAAGUCGAUUAAAAAUUAAGAUUGUAAAAGAAAUUUUCUUUUAGCAAACGUGCUGACAAAUCCAUCAAUUAAAAACAGAUGCUAUUUUCUUUAUGGG